AUGACCGGCUCUCGGAUGCCUCCUUCUAAUAUAGAAUAUGAUCCUGAAGGAGCGGUAGGGUUCGAGACAUCCCCAGCAGCAGCAGACUCUCCUCCUCCUCUUCCUUCGCCCCCUCCUAGAGACUUCUCAGUGGACUGGAUACGAGCAGGCUCUAUCUAUGCAGUGGUUUUUGUACAUACUGCAGUAACAGUACAGUGGUCAGUGAAGGAUCUCACUCCAGAGGAACUUGAUAAAAUACAAGUAUUGAUACGGCAGUUCAUGCAGUUUGGUCUGGGGCAGUUCUUCUGCCUUUCUGGUGCAGCAUGUAGACGUCUAUUCAUUAUCAUAUGUAGCCUCAGUCUAGUAUGGGUUAUGUUUGCUACUGGUAUGGGAGAGCGUACUGAUCUAUGGUCUAAUAUGACAUUCAGUGUCCUCUUUUACAACUACUGGUACCUCUAUGGCAUUAUAUAUACUUUUGGCAAUAACAUACAAGAACAGGCGCACUAUUACCCCUCCUUCGGUCGGUGGAUCACAAAGCACCGUCCAUUGGGGUAUACGCUCAUGCCAGAAGCAUCUAGAUCCCGUGACCAGGAUGACAAGCUAGAAUAUGGCAUCUCCCAUAGAGCAUCGAAUCCCGCCUAUAUGAGGCUGCCUGCCCAUCCAAUCGGCGGUGGCGAUACACUGAAGGAGUCCACAUCUAAUAGUGCUGCUACUCUCAGCAUGUUACCAGUAGAUCAGGCUAGUGCCGAUCUUACUCAUACUGCAAUAGAUGAUGAUGAUGAUGACCUUCCUCUAACUAAGCCGAAGGAGAGCUGGACUGAAAGGCUCGCUGGGCAUGCUCAGAAGAUAAAUGAUGCGAGGAUUUGUGCAGUGAAAACUAUCAAACUACGGGACGAGUCAGAAGGCAUCCCAGCAUCGGUAUUAAGGGAAAUACUCCAUAGAGACCUAAAGCCCCAUAACAUACUACUCAAUGAGGACUGUACGGCCAUAAAGAUAGCUGAUUUCGGUCUGGCUAGGGAAGUGGGUAUCCCCACUGGUCCAUUAGCCAUUGAUGUUGUUACCUUAUGGUAUAGAUCACCAGAGGCUAUCCUAGGGGCAACAGCAUAUGGUGACUCUCUUGAUGUGUGGAGUAUUGGCUGCAUUAUAAUGGAGAUGCUACGUGGGAAGCCCUUCGUUGCAGGCUCCUCACCCGAGGACCAGAUCUGCAAGAUAUUUGCCAUACUCGGUGCACCAGAUGGCAGCACUGGUUGGCCUGAUGUUGAGAGGUUACCAUUAUGGAAGUCCUAUAUGCGGCUUGCAUCGAGAGUAGUACCCCUAUCUGAUAUCCUACCUGAAGGGACCUCCCCAAUAGCUAUCGACUUGGCUACUAGGAUGUUGAAGUAA